UAUAAUUACUUCGUUCUAUUUAACAUUAAAUACAUAAACGUUUUUCGUUCUCACACGAACAUGUAUUUUCUUUAUGUGUUCAUUAUACUUUUAAUUUGGUAUUUAUGGACAAGAAAUUUAAAAAAAUAUGCCGAUUUAAAUCAAAUACCUGGGCCAAGUUGGUUGGAAUUGAUUAAAUUCAAUCUGCUUAAUUUGGACAAUGAACAUGUUUAUAAAUACAUACUUUCGCUACCACAAAAGUAUGGUCCAGUUGUUAAGUUAUGGUUAAAACCUUUUCGUCCGUCAGUUUUUGUAACUGACGCAAAAUGGUUUGAGGAAGUUUAUGGAUCGAAAGAACAUUUACAAAAGCCGAUGAUGUAUAAAUUACUUCAUGGAUUAGCUGGGAAUGGGUUAACCACAAAUCUUGAUCUGACUCAAUGGAAACAUGAUCGCAAAUACUUCAACAACGUUUUUAGUCUAAAACAUAUAACAUCUUAUUCAGGAAAAUUUAUACGCCACGCUGAAAAAUUAAGAAAAGAUCUUGAAUCAUACGAAAAUAAACCAGUCGAUGUCCAUUUAAUUUUAAAACGAUGUACUUUAUUUAUAAUUUUAGAUUAUCUAUCACAGGAAAAUAUUAACGAGGAAAUUGCAACUGAUUUAAUAAAUGCAGUGGAUGGACAUUUCGAGUUAUUUUUGAGCCGCGCUUUUUCUUUAUACAAAUCUAACGAUUUUUUAUUUCAAUUUACUGAAGAUUAUAAAAAAUAUCAACAAUACACAAAUACUCUUAAUGAAAUAGUCACAAACAUUUAUCAUAACGAGGUACGACUUCGAAGAGAAAAUGCAAAUAAAAGUAGUAACAAACAAUUCAUGGAUUUAAUCUUAGAAAGUGAACUUCCCCCUGAAUCUAUAAUCAAUCAAAUGAAAACGUUUAUUGUAGCGGGUUAUGACACAACAGCAAUUACAGCAUCUUUCGUUCUUUUUGAAAUCACAAAAAGACCAGAUAUACAAGAACGCAUACUUAAUGAAUGCUUAUUUAUGGAAGAAAGUAAACAUGAAAAUUCAACUACUUACAUUGAUUUACAAAGUUUAACUUACACAGAAGCAGUAAUAAAAGAAACCAUGAGGAUUUAUCCAGCUGUUCCGUUAAUUGGUCGAAAUUUAACCGCACCUUUAACUAUAAAUGGUUUAACUCUUCCCGCGGAUACAGAUUUGUUAUUUUCAUUACAAUCUUUGCACGAAAUGAAUUUUCCAAAUCCUAAGGAAUUUAAUCCUGAUAGGUUUUUACAAGAAAAUCUACAUGAUAUACCGCAAAAUAUUUAUGCACCAUUUUCGUAUGGACAAAGAGAUUGUAUUGGAAGAAAAAUUGCUAUGGUUGAAAUGAAGUUUAUCAUUUCGUUUAUUAUUAAACAUUUUACAUUGCACCCAGUUCAACCUGAACACAAAUUGGAAAUCGCCGGAGAAUUUGCGUUAAGAAGUAAAAAUGGUAUUAUUAUUAAACUAAAGAAACGAAUUUAAUCCGUUUAUUAUUGUAAAUACUUCAUGUUGUGUUUAUUAGGAAAAUAAAGUAAUACAAGUAUAAUUA